AUGUCUGCGUUAAUUUCGUGGGAACUUUGGCUAGAUUGCCAUCUCUCUCAAAGCGCCUUAGACGACGCCGGCGCUGGUACUGCUGAAUCCGCCGCUACCACCUUCUCCUUUGGGAAAGUCGCCUUUGUCGACCUGCCUACCAUGAUAUCAACACUGUGCCCGUCAUCCAGAAACACCUUCCGGGUGGAAAAGCCUGGGAAAAGCCGGCUACGAGUUUCCUUUUGGCGGCGGUCAGGCCAGCUUUCUUCGUCAUUGCAGCCACAGCCCAUUCUUAAGAACAAGUUUAAUGCCAACGAAGAGGCAGAGCUAGAGCUAGUCAGGGAAAGCGAUAACGAAAGCUUUGACCAAUUCCACGCCCGUUACGAAGUGCCGACGGCGCCGCCUGACGAUACGUGGGCCCGCCAUGCCAGACUGGUCCAGUUGGGCAAUUACUAUGGCCAGGCGAAGUGA